GCAUUAAAUGACAAAUGACACCACAACGAAGCGGGAAAAGGCACAUGACACUGUUCGUUAAAUGAAUUCAAACUGAGAGCAUUAUGAACAAAAAGCUGAUUAAACAAAAAGAAAAGAAGUGGUCAACCAAGAAUUAAGGUGUGUAGAAAUUGGUAAAAUUGUUGGGCAUUGUACUUUUGCAACAUUUAAUUUAUUUGUUUGUAUAGUUACAUUUCAUCAUUAACAAAAUAAAUACUGGAGACAUUUUGAGGAGGCGAAAUGUGUGGAUUGAAUAUUUUUGCUGACAAUAAUCAAAUUCAAAGUAAGUGUUUUGUUUUCAAAUUAACGGCCAAUGUGCGUCAGGUUAUGAGAGCGUAAAUAAUUCCUAUUCAGAGAGGGCGGCACCUGAAGGCACCAUCAGUACUGCAGCCGCCACCGGCGCCGCUGUCUGACGAUGGUAGACCUGAGAGACGGAUGGUUAGGGCUGACCGUCCUCGACUAACCUGAAAAUGCGAGUGUAACUUGAUGCAUGCCCGUUUAUAUAUAGUGCUUAAGACUCCACGUCUACAUAGCCUUAGAUAGUCACAGUAAUAUCUUUUUUUUUUAAUCAUGGAGGACGACUGUGUUUGCGAGUACGACUCGACCUGGGACACAGAGAGUGAUGGAGACGACCCGGCCGGAGAGAGCCAGACCCGACGGUCCUGCCAAGACAAAAACAAAUCCGCCUGGAAUUUAUGGCAUCACACGCCCAGGAACAUGAGAGCAGCAAAGGACAUGCAGAACUACAGGAGGGGAUAUCCGAAUCUUACAGAUGACGAGUGCUCAGAAGACAAAAUGAACAAUUUGCAGUUUUAUCUGAAUAAAUUUCCCUCUGCACCUGAUGAUGUCUACAUUGAAUCAUUUCAUAAAGAGUGGAAAAAUGACUACAAGAGACUGGAGAGAGUUCACUCGUACAUUCAGUGGCUGUUUCCACUGCGUGAGCCGGGGGUUAAUUACAUGGCUUCAGAACUUACCAAGAAGGAAAUUGAAGCCUUCAAGAAGAAUGAGGAUGCCAAAAAGAGACUAGUCGAGUCCUAUGAACUCAUGUUGGGCUUCUAUGGAAUGCGCUUGGUCAACAAAGAGACGGGUGAAGUCAAACGAGCAGAUAAUUGGAAGGAGCGAUUUGGAAACCUUGAACGGAAUAUGCACAACAACCUGCGCAUCACUCGCAUCCUGAAGAGCCUCGGAGAGCUGGGCUUUGAGCACUACCAGGCCCCACUCGUGCGCUUCUUUCUAGAAGAGACAUUAGUCAAGAAGACCCUCAGCAGUGUGAAGCGCAGCGUGCUCGACUACUUCCUGUUUGCUGUCCUGGACAAGCAGAAACGUCAGGAUCUUCUGCGCUUUGCCUACCUUCACUUUGAACCAAAGGAUAAGUUUGUGUGGUGUCCCAAAAAAAUCCAGAAACAACUCAGGAAGGCAGAGAAAAGAUCUGACGGUGUAGGGAAUGGAGAUGGAAAGGAUGAGUCCACAUUACGAAGUAAAAGCAAAGAUGGAGAAGCAGUUGUGCAACAAAAAGAGGAUGAACUUGAUAACAAGGCUCAGAAUGAAACUGAUAAAACGGCAAGUAAAGACAAGAGCAAACUGUCGGAGGCGUCCCCUGAGAAAACAAAACCAGAAGCAGAGAAUGUCGGAAAUGGGAACACAGAGUCUAAUGAUGAAAUUGUGGAGAAUGGAAAUGACUCCACAGAUGAUGUUGACGAAAUGGAUCAGUCGCCCAGUCCUGACUCUGCGACGGCAAAGGCAGAGCCCUGUGCAGACAGCAAGGAAACAUUAGCCAACAACUCAAAGGACCCCAUCCCGGAACCAGAUGUCAUUAUGCAAACAGAUGAGGAUGCAGACACGAAAAAACCACCGAAGAAGAAGAGAGAAGAUGACAAGGUGCUGCCAAGCAACGGCCCUGCUGGGGACUCUGCCAGCGAGCAGACGGAGGAGAAAGCUGGUGCUAAUAAAGCCACCGGUCAAACGAGCACCUCAGCCCAAGCCCCCGCUAAGACCGCAAAACAUUCACCCUCUCUCUCCUCUGGGAUAGAGGAAAAAAUCCCAAGGACUGAUUUUAAUCAAGUGCCAGAUAAGAAGGAAAAGGAAGAAACGUCAAAUGUGUUGGCGACAAAUGGGUCAGAGACGAGCGCCGACAAAGGUGCGGCUGAGCAGACAAACGGGAAGAAGACGGAGGAUAUAGAAAUGGAUUCAAUCCCGCUGUGUUCAGAUCAAAAUAUGGGGAGUUCAUGAAAUGGGUAAUCUGAGGAAAUGUAUUAAUUUGAUCUUGAAAUUAAAUGUAAUAUAGGGACAGAGUGUUACGUUAAAAAAAAAAAAAAUCCUAGGCCUUAUUUCUACUAUAUUUGAUGUUUAGAUAUUGAUUCUUUUCACUUUGAAGGAGUAUACGAAUUUGUUAAAUGUGGGACUGGAUGUGACUCCAGGUGGCCAUCAGACAAUAUUAAAGAAGAAGGCUGGUGAUAUUCUAUUAUUUUGUUAUUGCCAACAAAUCGCAUGGAAAGGUCAAAACCAACGGGGGACUCAAAGUACCAUAGACUGUAAACGUGUUAGCAUUGUUAGCUUGCUAGCAAAUACUUCAAAAAUAGACUGUUUUCUUUCUUUGUAAGGGCUGAUUAAUUGGAUGACAAGUGACGUAUUUAUAUAAUAUAACACAAACAGGACUAGAUUGUGUUUUGUUGAGGAUUAUUUCAGUUUUGGGAGUAUUUACUUGCUCUAAAUACUCACAAAACAGAACAGUGCGAUGUGAGGUUGACUGAAAAUGAGCAGUGCAACCGUUUAUGGCCAAUAGAAUAAUGUGUAACAGUGGAGUAAGCUACUGUAUAUGGCGCUUCAGAUACACAUUCAAAACCUUCAUUUUGUCUUUCCAUGGGAUUUGUUGACAAUAAGAAAAACAUUGAUUAAUAUGGUAAUGACUAAUGCUGAUAUUUAAUAUCUCUAGAGAAAACAAAGCACUAUUAUUAAUGUAUAUCAAUUAAACGAUGGUUUCAGCCUUUUAACACCUCAUAUUAUCACAAUAUAAUUUUGUUUUUGCACUUAAAAAUGAUUAUUGGAAAUUGGAAAAAGCUUUUUUUCUCUUUGGGCUGUUUUUGUGUGAGUAAAAAUAAUCUGUACUGGUUUGUGUUUCUGCUGGAUGCCGCUGAUCAAAUAGAUUUAAGAAAGAAUGUCUCUAAAGUUAUAUUUCAUUGAUGUUGCACCGUCUGUAUGUUUUCAUGCAGAUUUGGGAAGUAAACUUUUCUUUUUUUUAACAAUUGAGAGCAUUGCCAAAAAUGUGAUAAGACUGGUUGAUUGUAUAUUUUUUCGGCAAACUGAUAAAGCUAUAAUUUAACGUCCACUGUGUGUUAAUCUGACAUGAGUGAAGUCCAUGAAAAUUAACAAGCCAGGGUGAGUAUAUGGAUGCAUCUUUUUAUAUCUGCACUUAAUUUUCACUAUUAGUUAUUGAACUUAUGAUAUUUACAUAUUGAAAUGGUAAUACCUUUACAAAAAUGCUGAAUUGUUUAUAUAAUGACUUUUUUUCGCCCAACUAAAUACCUGGCUGUUAACAAAGCAGAAUAAAGUUAUACUAUUUUUUGAA